AUGAUGUUGUCCAAGAUUUGGUCCGCCAGCUCCGUUCUGGCGGCCCUCGUCAGCGCCGCCCCCGCCACCACUUCUUCAUCCACCAUCGAGAAGCGCGCCAACACCAAGGAGCACUACGCAAACAACGUGGCGCUCGCCGCCUUUGCCCUGCAGGGGUUCUGGUACAACAAAAACACCGGCCUCUGGGACAAUGCGUGGUGGAACAGCGGCAACGCGCUGACGACGCUGGCCGACUGGGCCAAGCUGCGGCCCAGCGAGGCCGAGAGCCUCAAAAUCUCCGACGUCAUCCACAACACCUGGUCGCAGGCGCAAAACGUAAACGUCUUCACCACAAAGACGCUCAAGAGCAACGGCAUGAUGGUGACGGAAGACUGCGUCAACGGCGUGGGCCCUGCCUGCGGUGCUGCUGCUGCUGCCGCCGCCGCCGGUAGUGAUGGUGGAAACGUCGAGGCGCGCGCAUUCCGCAACUUCCUCAACAACUUCUACGACGACGAGGGCUGGUGGGCGCUCGGCCUCAUCCACGCCUACGACUACACCCACAGGCAAGAGUACCUCGACUCGGCCGUGCGCAUCUUCAACGACAUGCAGGGCGGCGGCAACACAAACUGCCACGGCGGCAUCUACUGGAGCAAGGACCGCAAGUACGUCAACGCCAUUGCCAACGAGCUGUACCUGUCCGUGGCCGCCUCGCUCGCCAACCGCAUCCCCGCGGACAAGGCGCGGUACGCGGGCAUCGCCGAGGCGCAGUGGAAGUGGUUCGCCGCCAGCGGCAUGAUCAACGGCCAGAACAUGAUCAACGACGGCCUCAACGACCAGUGCAAGAACAACGGCGCGCAGACGUGGACCUACAACCAGGGCGUCGUCCUCGGCGGCCUGGUCGAGCUGUCCAAGGCCACCGGCAACCGCGACUACGUGAGCCGCGCCAGCACGCUCGCGGCGGCGUCGAUGAAGAAGCUGAUCAACGGCAACGGGAUCCUUGUGGAGGGCUGCGAGAACAACGGCGAUCACUGCGGCGGCGACGGCGCGCAGUUCAAGGGCGUCUACGCCCGCAACCUGCGCUACCUGUACGAGGUGGCCCCGAGCAACGACAUCAAGAACUUUCUCACGCGCAACGCCGACUCCAUCUGGGACAAGGACCGCGACGGUAACAACAACAAGCUCGGUGUUGCUUGGGCUGGUCCGUUGUACAACCCCAUUGGCAAUGCGCAUAGCAGCGCCAUGGACGCUCUGGUCGGAGCAGUGGCUGUGGCGUGA